CUUCAAUCCCUCUUCUUUUCUUCCCCCAGACCACUUUCUCUCUCUCUUCCAUCCUUCCUCCUCCUCUCUAACCGGUUCACUCCGUUCGCGUCGCCCUGUUUCUCUUUGUCUCUUUCUUUUCUUUUCGAUUUCCAUUUUCAGACCAACUCAGUCGUUCACUCUUUUCUUACCGUCGCCCCUACGGUCUUCAUUUCUUCCGUGUUCUUUACCUCUUUAUCUUUUUAGUACUAUCAUUAUCCUCCUUCUUCCUUCCUCCCUCUAAUCACCUCUCUCGUGGCCUCCUCCAAGUUUGGUCAGAGUAGCCUGUUAAGGCCCCGCAAUUUCGAUUUCCAACGUUUUCUGUCCGACCAGGUCUCUAUCUCCAAAAUGAGCAACGAUGGUGAAAAGGUGAGAACCUCCGGCGAGGUCUCUCGCCCGGAGCCGUCUCUCCCCACCGUCAAUCCCGCCGCCGAGAAGCCGGAACCUCCCAAGGCCUCGUUCCACCCGGCCGUUUACGUGAGCGCCUGGAUUACCUUGAGUUCCAGUGUCAUCCUGUUCAACAAGUAUAUCCUCGACUAUGCCAACUUCCACUUCCCCAUUGUCCUGACCACCUGGCACUUGACUUUCGCGACGCUCAUGACCCAGCUCCUCGCCCGUACCACCACCCUUCUCGAUGGCCGGAAAACCGUGAAGAUGACCGGCCGGGUCUACCUGCGCGCUAUCGUCCCCAUCGGUCUCUUCUUCAGUCUGAGUUUGAUCUGCGGCAACGUGACUUACUUGUAUCUGAGUGUUGCAUUCAUUCAGAUGCUCAAGGCCACCACCCCCGUUGCCGUGCUCUUGGCUACCUGGGGCAUGGGUAUGGCGCCCGUCAACCUCAAGGUUCUCAUGAACGUGGCCUUGAUCGUCGUCGGUGUUGUCAUUGCUUCCUUCGGUGAGAUCAAGUUCGUCUUCGUCGGCUUCCUCUUCCAGAUCGGCGGUAUCAUCUUCGAGGCCAUCCGUCUCGUCAUGGUCCAGCGCCUGCUCAGCUCCGCCGAGUACAAGAUGGAUCCUCUGGUUUCCCUGUACUACUUCGCUCCGGUCUGCGCGGUCAUGAACGGUGUGACCGCUCUGUUCCUGGAGGUUCCCAACGUCACCUGGGGCCACAUCCAGAACGUCGGUGUCUCCACGCUCAUGCUUAACGCCAUCACUGCUUUCUUGCUGAACGUUUCCGUCGUCUUCCUGAUUGGCAAGACUUCGUCUCUAGUGAUGACCCUUUGCGGUGUCCUCAAGGAUAUCCUGCUGGUUGCCGCCUCCAUGAUGCUCUGGCAGACCCCCGUCUCCAACACCCAGUUCUUCGGCUACUCCAUUGCCCUCAUCGGUCUGGUCUACUACAAGCUGGGCGCCGACAAGAUCAAGGACUACGCUGGCCAGGCCAACCGGUCCUGGGCCGAGUUUGGCGUCAACCACCCCGUGCGCCGCAAGUCGAUUAUCAUCGGCGCCGUGGUUCUCAUCUUCUUCCUGUUCAUCGGCUCCCUGGGCCCCAACUACGCUCCUGAGCAGGUCGACCGUGUCAAGGGCAUGCUGGGCGGUGGUGCUCCCCCUGCUGCUCCUCCUGCCACCCCGUAAACGGGUACCUUGAUGGUUUCGCGCCACUGAGUCUCCAUGUCUGAUCCGUUCAGCCCUUGCUACCCCGACGCGGAGUAAACGAAGCGAUCCUGCCGAGCGAGGGAUACGGGACUCUUGGUGGGUUUGAAGCGACAACAUCCUACUCAGCAUUUACAUUCCUUUGAUAUUUUCAUAUUCCCGGCCUCGUUUGUUCAUCCACUUGGCCAUCUACUAUUUUUUUUUUUUUAAGAUAAUGUCUCUUGGUCACGGUCGACCGAGAGGAUAAGAACGGAAGGACGGCGGAGCGUGGCCUCAUGCAGGGAAUGCAGCUACGGCUCCGAAUCCACCUUUUGAUUGAUUGAUACGACUUUGUGUGAUUCCAGUUUGGGAAUCUUUGUUUAUGGUGUCAGCCCGCGUGGGAUGGGGGCUUGAUUGUAUCCUUGAUUUGACUAGACGCAUUGGAUUUGAUGUUCACGCGGUUCUGGUGUAUGAACCUCGGUUGUCUUGCAAUUUCUUGGUCCUACCUGUUAUUUAUUCCAGCGAUAUUCAAAAUUAGACUACCCAUUUUUUUUCCAA